GUGAAAUCCACCCCUCACACUCUCACACCAUUUGCAACAAGAGUUGAGAACACACAGAGAAGAAAGGAAAUUCCAAGAGAAACGAAACCAUGGCUGUGGAAGAUACCCCAAAAUCCACCAUCACCGACGACCAAAUCACCACCAACCCUAAGGCUCCUGACAACGCCGACCUCGAGGAAGGAGAGAUCAUCGACGAUGAUGACUCCUCCGCCACUUCCAAACCCUCCUCCGCCGCCCUUGUCAACCAACCCCAUCAUCCCCUCGAGAAUUCUUGGACCUUCUGGUUCGACAACCCUUCCAACAAGAGCAAACAAGCCGCUUGGGGUAGCGCUAUCCGACCCAUCUACACUUUCUCCACCGUCGAGGAGUUUUGGAGUCUUUACAAUAACGUUCAUCAUCCUAGCAAGUUGGCUAUUGGAGCAGAUUUUCAUUGUUUCAAGCAGAAGAUUGAGCCGAAGUGGGAGGAUCCCAUUUGUGCUAAUGGGGGGAAAUGGACUAUGGCAUUUCCAAAGGGGAAAUCUGAUACCAGUUGGUUGUAUACGUUGUUGGCAAUGAUUGGAGAACAAUUUGAUCAUGGAGAUGAAAUUUGUGGAGCAGUGGUGAAUGUUAGAAGAGCGCAGGAGAAAAUUUCUAUUUGGACUAAGAAUGCAGCAAAUGAAGCUGCUCAGGUGAGCAUCGGGAAACAGUGGAAGGAGUUUCUUGAUUAUAAUGACAGCAUUGGCUUUAUAUUUCAUGAUGAUGCAAAGAAGCUUGACAGAGCUGCUAAAAAUAAAUACAAUGUAUAGCGAUCUUUCAGUCCAAGAUGCGACACAUUUCUUGUUCAGAUCAAGUUGCAUGAUAGAUGAUGGCGAACAUUGACCAUGUAGCUGAGCUGCGUUAUAAGCCUUAUCGUUUUCAGUAAUAUUUCCAGAUGUGUACGGAUAAUGUUUUUAACUAGAAUAUGUUUCUUUCAUCAAAUAUUAUAGGGAUUUUGCUAUUGCUUCUAGACUAAAUUGAAGAUGUUCAUCAAUAUUUUGGUGAUUUUGCUGAUUGCUUCUACAUUGUGACCAAAUAUUACUUGCAUGUUUAGAAAUUUUUCUGCA